CACAUUGUGAAGGAGUCUACCUUACCGGUGUGAAAUACUCCGUUGGUGCUAGCGUUUUAAGCCCCUUAAACUCAGUGGAGCUGAAGCAGCCCCUGCUUAAGUUCACCCUUCUUUUUUCUUGUCCCUCUAUCCUUACCCCAGACAACGCGAUCAUUGACCAGAUAGCUAUGUCAUCAAGUAACAACAUUCGCACAAGAGCUUCUCGUAGUUGUGGCAAUUGCCGGGCCGUCAAGCGACGCUGCGACCAACAAGUUCCCCAUUGCGGACAAUGCACUCGCCUGCGGGAAUCAUGCCCCGGGUACCGCGAUGAAUGGGAACUAGUGUUCCGCGACCAGACCGAUCGCACGAUCAAGCGGUCCAAGGAAAAACGGGCCAUGCAGAUGACCACCAAACGCUCGACCCCACCGCCUCGUGGCCUGGAAACCAAUGUGGACCAGCUAGGGGUCAACUACUUUCUGCACAACUUCAUCACCAGCGCGCAGUCCCCGUCACGUGGAUGGCUCAACUACAUCCCCGCUGUUUUUAGCGCUGAUGCCGAGCACCCCACCCUGCUGACCAGCAUGGCCGCGGUGGGCCUGAUGGCUUUGGCGAACGCCUCCCGGCAGCCUGGAUUGGUCAAACACGCGCGCGUCAAGUACUCCGAGGCCAUCACUAGUGUCAACGCCGCCCUGGCGUCCCCGGUCGAGUGCGUCAAGGACAGUAUCUUGAUGUCGGUGAUCUCGUUGGGCGUGUUUGAGUACGUCUCUAACUUUGAAUCGUGGGUUCGACAUGUUCAGGGAGCUGCCACGCUGGCUAUAGCCCGAGGAAGGCGCCAGUUUUCCACCAGGGUUGGAAUCCUCAUGUUUAAUCAACUCCGCGCCGAUCUCAUCAUUGCCUGUAUCCAGGCUAAUCAGCCGUUUCCGGAGGGGAUUCGUGAGCUGCAGAAAGAGGCAGCUAAACAUACAAAUACUCAGAGUGGGUUUUGGCUCUCGGGCGUGGUAGCCACCCGGGUUCCUACUCUGAUGUAUAACGUCGGACGAAAUAGGGGGGAGGUUCCUUGGUGUAGUCUGCUGGAGGAAGCGAUGCUGCUUCAGCGGGACUGUGAAUGUGUCUUGGGGAUCCUGGCCAUCGAAGAACCCUAUACGACCAUUCGAGAUUUCGAGGCAGAUCCGGACUUGGUUCACGACAGUCGGUUUGAUCUUUACCGAUCUGCUUGGGCGAUCCGAGUCUGGAAUAACGCGCGGUGUAUUGAAAUGAUUGUCUGUCGGAUAAUCAUCUACCUGUUGCAGAAAAUGCUCGCCACAGAUCUCGCCCCGCCAAUUUUGAACGGACAGUUCCAAGAGACGCAGCAGUUGUUGUCAAAAUUAGGGGACGACGUACUGGCUACGGCUCCACAGGUCCUCGAGUUCCUGUCCUCGGGACCUGAACGCACUGUCACUUUUAAUUCCUCUGCCCAUGCCAGCGUCUCGGGUGGGUAUAUCCUGGUCUGGCCUCUCACCAUGGUUGGGAGAUGUCCGGUCACGAAAAGUGACUCCCGGAAGUGGAUUAUCCGACGUCUUCGGGAUAUUGGUGAAAGCUCCGGCAUCUCAAUGGCGCUGCAACUUCUUGAAGAUGUGGUCAAAAUUGACGAAUUGGCCAGCUGAGAGGUUUUGUGUCGGAGUAGCCGACAUGUGAUGUUAAGAUGACCCUCUUUCUUUUCUUAUCGUUUGUUAAUUAUAGUCACAUUCUUGCACGAUCGCGCUCAUCUGGGUUUAAUGAAAGGGGGAGGCGCUACAGACACAUCGGCCGGGCUAACCAAC